CCGCAGUUCUCCCGCCGCGCCAGUUCUGCGCGCUCCUCACUAGCCGCAUCAUGGUGAGUCAUGCUUCAGUGCGAAACAAUUCAUUUGGGACGACCUUUACUGCAUAUAUAAAACUCAGGUAAUGGACAACCGAAUGAAUGAACCUAACCAAAAUGAACAAAAUUCAAUAUUCAUAACAAAUUUGCAACAUGGAGAAACCGUUAAUUACUCGCUCGUUAUAAUCAAAGGAAUCAUAACAUACGGCGCCUGUAAUAAUUAUGAAAAAAUUAGAUGCAAAAGUAACAGAAAUAAAACAGAGUCAUUCUGGGAGGUUUAUAACCGUGAAUUCAAAGUGUUGAUUGAACUGGAAAAAGGUGACAAUGUAAUCGAUCUGGAAUUCACAGGCCUUCACAAAACAAAUCUAUUGUUGCGUUACGAGCCGCGAAAGACAAAUCUGAGAGUUACGCCAGUUUAUAUUAUCUGUCAAGGCCACGAUGGAUGUUUUCAAUGUCCACCUGAAAUCAAUAACUCCAUUGAGAGUGCCUGUGCUCGCAUCGCUUUUGGCUCAAAGAUCAUACAAAGCGUUACCGCUGAAAAACUUCAUGAAAGUGGUGUCGGACGAAAAACGUUUCAACUUGAACACGAAGUGGAUACAAAAAGCCCUGAAUGUUUAGUCUUCAGGAGUGCACUGAACGUAAAUAAAGCUCGUAAAAUGAAACAAGAUGAAUUGUGGACACAUUUUGGCAGAGAGCUAAUGUUAUCGGAGCUUGGAAGUAACGAAAGAAAGUUUCUAGGGUUUAUUUCGUGUACAAGAUUUAAAGGAACAGAUAUUGAUAAACCUUUAACGCACGAUGAAAUUGUGUCAUAUACAGAGGCCUAUGCGGCACUUGGAGGAGGAGGUUUAGCAUUAUUUGGAACUGCUUGUUUGUAUACUUGGCCUUCAUCAGUGUCCGAUAUCGUGCCGAAAUUAUUAGACCCAAAUCCUGUAAAUACUAAGAGGUUCAUGGACGACAGUGGUUAUCGAGGAACUAUAGGAGGAUGCUUUGCGACAACUCUAGGAUCCGUUUUCCACGAAUUAGGCCACACAUUUGAUCUUGGUCACACAAAAGAUGGAAUAAUGGGGAGAGGUUUCGAUAACAUUGACAGAGUAUUUUUAGUCGGCGAGAAGCGAUCAGCUGCAACCAAAGAUAAUAAUAACUUUAACGGAAAACCAGUGCAGCAUUCAACUGUUUCACUACAGCGUAACAUUAAUGUGACGAUGAAUGUCGCUGAACCCUUAAGAGUUCUAGGCCCAAGAAGUAAAACGACACUUGGAAACUUUGUAUCCAUGUCUAAAUCGGAUAUUGUGCGUCGAAGCCCCAAUGUGACUCCAAUUACAAGACCAUCAAGUGUUUAUUCAACGAUAACAAACCGAAUGGCCGAUUCUAAAAGAAAUGCAAAUCGAAAUAAUGGAAAUGACACCGUUUAUUGGCCAAGAAAUUGCGCGGUUUUGUUAUCCUACCAUAGAUGGUUUAACAAUGAGUUCGGGAGAGAAAGACAAGCUAUAACACGUUACCUUAAAUUUGAUAAGAAUAAAAUGAUGAUUUUAUCAACAGCUGGAUUAAGAAUUGUGGAAGUCAGAGAUGAGUCUAAUGGUAUGGUACUUGAUUCAUAUGAAUUUACAAAUGUCCUACCGGAAAAAAGAUUUUUGCUUCCUUUUACUUUUUCAGCAAAAGGCAAAGUACUAACUAUAGUGGUUGAAGAUGAUUUAGGGAACGUACUAAAACAAUCAUUUACGUAUUAAAUCUACGAAAUCAAAGUGAAUGUGGCGGUUAAGAGUGGUGACAAUAAUUCAGUGAAUGAAACAAUUUAAUUCUGCUUUGAGGCUUUUGUCCAAAUACGCAAAUGUCAAACAGAUAUAAAGGCUAUACAGUAUUAUUUAAGAAUGAUUGAUAAAAGAGUCAGCUAUAUUUUAAAGCCGAGAUUUUUUUUAAAGCUCGCCUGAUCUUUGCGUAUUCGUACUAAAAUAAUUAAAAUAUAGUUUAUGUAUGUACUCCGUACCUACUUAUCCGGAAGAAUAUUUUUGUGAAAAUUGUAUUAAUUUUAAUAUUAUGUAGAUAUCUAAUAGAGAAAAUUUAUCAUACAUAAUAUUAUAAAAGGACUGUCGAAAUAGAAUAUAAUAGCUUAUGCAGAAGUUUUAUUAUUAAUUGUAGUUGAGUGUUCCUUAAGUCAGUCAGUUUGAUCAGCUAAGGCACUAUUACAUGUUCACAGGCAUAUGAUUUGAAUAAUUUUCUGAUUAAACAAGUUAAUGCUACAAUUAUUUUUAUAAAUUAUUGUUUUGUUUAAACGAUUAAUAAUAUUACAUUUGAAAUAAUGUUUUCGAAAUUCCGGUAAUGUAAUAUGACAUUUAUAAUGCAUUUUUAAGAAUUAGGUACCUAGAAUUAAUUUUACAAUUUAAUUUAUUAUCCAUAUCUCUUGCUUAGCUACUGUUAACUCCUAUUCCAUGAGUGGGAUGGAUGUAUAAAACGUCUGUAAUGUUAAAAGUGGAAAUUAACAUUACAUUUUGUACAACACGGAAAGAAAUUGCGUACAGGCAUAACUUAUUCAGAAAUUUUCUAAACGAAAUAUUUAUUACGAUAUAUAUUUGUACAUUAUUACCUUAUGGAGUUUAGAAAGUGUCAAAAUUAAUUAAAUGUCAUAAUUUUAAAAAAAUUGCCUCGGAUUACACUUUAAUUUAUAUAUUCAUUUGCCCUUGCCAUUUGCUUACGUUUGCCCAAACUACGCCAAUGCAACACUUUGCAAACUAUUUUAAGUAUCUAGUAUAUUGUUUCUUAAUAAUAGAAACGAUACUGAAAAGUUAGAUGAACAUCUAUUAGAAUUUACAGGACAAAUAAUGAUUUUGAUAUUGCUAGGAACAAACUGCUUACAUAAAUUGAUAUAAAAAAAAUUAGUUAUAUCAUUAGUUUUAUCUUU